ACGGCCGCAGCGAGCCGGAAGUGACGCGAGCAGCGAUUGCGUCACGGGGAGAGAUGGACCGUGCGGACCGGACUGUGCUCAACGCGGCCCCGGGCGCCGCCGCCGCCGCCGACUUCAGGGGAAAUGACAGCUCGCUGUUGUCGGUUCUGAAGACACUCCUGUUUUUCACAUUCCUAAUGAUCGCUUUACCAAUUGGGUUGUAUUUUGGAACAAAAUCUUUUGUCUUUGAAGGUACACUGGGAUAUUCAAACAGAGACAGCUACUUCUAUGCUGCUAUAGUUGCUGUAGUGGCAGUUCAUGUUGUGCUGGCCUUGUUUGUAUAUGUAGCAUGGAACGAAGGCUCAAAGCAAUGGCGCAGUGGCAAACAGGAUUAAAUGCAGCUUUAUUUGGAUUAAGCAUCAGGUUGCUUAAGCUAAUUCUGGGAGACGGAGUCAAAAGUAAAAAGGCAGAAGAAUGAUUGAGCAACGUACCACAGACCCACUGGAUUUUUGUUUGGAUUGGAAGCAUUGGUGCAAAGUGAAGAAAAAUGGAAACUCAACUCAACUUUCAAAGGCAGUGUCAGUCAAAUUGUUUCCGUUUCAUGUGCUUACUUCAGCAGAUGAGAAUUCAAGAUAUGCACUUUAAAUGUACACCAUUUACAUUUUCAGGCAAAAUAACAUGCAACUGGAAAAGUAGCUCAUAAUUUCUUUAGCAUACCAAUAAUGAACACAUUAGUGUGCAAUUUAAAUGCCACUUUAACAUCUGUUUAAAAUUCUCAUUAGUUUGACGAUCCAAAUUUCAGAAUACAAACUGUACUCUACACAAAAUGUCUGUUUCCAUAAUUAAUGUUAUGUACAACUGUCUACUAGUAUCUCCACUUAUUUUUGUGAUACAAGUUAUUUUCUCAAUUGUGGAUUCAAACAAAGUAAUAUUGCUAUCAGUAAUGCAACAGAAGCUACAUCCUCGACAUAUUGCUAAUAAGGUUUGUGACAGUAUUAUGAAACGCUGCUCAAUGUUCCAGAAUCUUAUUUAUACAUUAAAUUGUUUUGGAUUUGUAAAGAUCCAGGAGUUUGCUCGGGCUCAUCUUUUUAAAAACUAAUCUUGGAAGAUGCCUGGUAGAAUGUUAAAGGCUUAAGAAGAAUUUGUAUUUGAGGGUGAAAAGCUGUCAACUGCAGAAAACAUAUUGAAGAUGAUUUAUUGUGAUUAUCUUGGCUGCUCAAGUGGCAGUACAAUCUUGCAGUAAGGCUGCACCAGGGUUGCGUCAUGUGGUCCAGAUUUUUGAUCAUGUUUCCCAAUUUUUCAAAGAACCAAAAUCAGAAGUUGCUAAUUUGUCUUUAGCACCAAAAAUAGUUGCAUGAAGCAUUUUAAAACAUGUUAUAGAAAGCCUCUGUGUCUGCAAUGAUUUUCUCCAAUUUUCCUCAGUAAGGGACUGAACUUUCUUUUAAAAUGGACAAUUAAUUUUUGAGGCACCAUUACCUUGCCUUACAGCCACAAGGGUGUAAAUAUUUGUUAUAUACAAUGCUUUGAAACAGACCUGUGCACAGAAAGUGCUAUAGUUGAAACAUUGCUCCUUGUGAUAUUGUCAGAGUACUUCAGAAAAAUACGGAAUAAAGAAUGAUGCUGAUACAUUGAAGUUCUGAGCUGUUGCAUUUAGUAAUUAAUGUUUUUCCACAAAGAACAAGUAAUCUUGCUUUCACCACCACACAGCGAUUGUUUAAAAAAAAAAAUCACUGUGUAACCAGUCAAAAUGGAGCGCUAUUUUACAACAGGAAAAUUUAGUAAAAAUAUUCUGCACCGCCAGAGGCUGAUUUUACCGACAAGUGUAUUUUUACAAUAAAUACAACAACAUAGAAAUAAAAAGUAAAAUCUCAUAAUUUGCUUUAACUUGUCCUUUUUGCUCCCUUCCCGAACCUUGUUUGCAGAAUGAUUAAACUUGCUCUGAGAGAAACAUGAAAAAAUGAAUAUGUAAGUUAUGUUACAAAAUCUGAUUGUAAUGUGAAAAUUAUCAAACAAUUGUACUGCCCUUAAUGUUGGAAAUUAAAUGGUAUACUAUAGUACUGUAUAAUUGGUCAAAACUCAUAAAGCUGAUUUGUCAAAAUUA